AAUAUUACAUUUGACCGCACAUCAGCUUUUGACAAAACAAGAAGUGCAAUCAAACAUGUCAAAGCUUGAACAGAAUUUAACAAUGGAAUCAAAAACCUUAGAAUCAUCACUUUCAGUUCCAAGUGUUCAAGAGCUAUCACUCAAAAGUUCACAAAAAGUACCACAGAGGUACAUAAGAGAUGAUGGUGAUGAUGUUUUCAGCACCUUUCCUUCUUCUGAUCCAUCUCUUACCAUACCUUUAAUAGAUAAAGCCAAGUUGGUCAACGCUGAUACACAACAAGAUGAGCUUCAUAAGCUUCAUCUUGCUUGUAAAAAUUGGGGUGUUUUUCAGAUAGUAAACCAUGGAGUUUCAUCCCUUAAGAAUAUGGGGAAUCAAGUUAAGAGAUUUUUCGAUCUUCCUUUACAUGAGAAAAAAAGAUGGGCACAGAAACCAGGAAGUCUUGAAGGGUAUGGUCAAGCAUUUGUUACCUCUGAGGAACAAAAGCUAGAUUGGAAUGAUAUGAUCUUCCUCAAAUCUCUACCUAUUCAGAACAGAAAAUUGGAUUUGUGGCCUCAAAAUCCUCCUGAGUUCAGGGAAACACUAGAAAAAUAUUCUGAAGAAAUGAGGGAGGAAGCAAUAUCAAUUAUGAGUUUCGUUACAUUGGCUUUGGGACUUACGGAUACAAAGAUAUCAGAAAGUUUCAGUGAAGGACUAUAUGAUAUAAGGAUGAAUUGCUAUCCACCUUGUCCAGAGCCUGAAAGAGUUCUCGGGAUUAUUCCUCAUGCUGACAAUUCUGGGAUCACUCUCUUGGUUGAUUUCGGUGAUUUUCCAGGGCUGCAGUUUCUCAAAGAUGGAAAAUGGGUCGGUGUUCAACCGAUAGAAGGAGCCAUUGUUGCUAAUAUUGGCCACAUAAUUGAGGUGAUGACCAAUGGAAUAUACAAAGCACCAGAGCACAGAGCUGUAGUAAACAAAAUGAAGGAAAGAUUGACAAUAGUGACAUUUUGCUAUCCAAGCCCUUCUAUGGACAUUGCACCUGCUAAGAAAUUAAUUGUUGAAGGAAACCAACAAGUAUACAAGAACAUGACACAUGCUGAGUAUUUUGAUAGAUUUUUCAAUAGGAAGCUUGAUGAAUCCUUUAUUGAUAGUAUUAGAUUAUGAUAAAUGAUGUUGUUUAAUUGCACACUAUGAAGCACAGAUACUCUUCGGAUUAAGCGUGUCCCGGUGUCGGACAUGUCUCAUGUCCGACACCGACACGACACCGACACAUAUAAUUACACUGAAUUAUAUAAUUUUCUCAAAUUAUUAGCGGUGUUGGCGUGUCAAUAUCUGAUGUUAGUGUCUGUGCUUCAUAGAUUGCACAUCAUUUUUAUUUUUACCACUCUUCUGCUAUAUCCUUUUUGAAUAUUAAUCAAGAAAAAGUCAUGUAAAUUGUAUCGUGUCAUUUUUAAACUGAGGAUUAAUUUGAUACAAAAUUAUUUUUCAGAUUA